AUGGAGCUUUCGAGAGACAAACACGGAAAACUUGUAGCGGAUCGAGAACGCUUUCCCAGUGGAAUGAAAGCACUUGCAAAAUACAUGCAUGACAGGAAAUUGGAGCUUGGAAUUUACGAAGAUUUUGGAACAAAAACAUGUGCAGGAUAUCCGGGCAGCAUUGACCAUAUCAAGGACGAUGCCGACACAUUUGCUUCUUGGGACAUAGACUACCUCAAAUUGGAUGGAUGUUAUGUUGAUAUUGAUCUAAUGUCUCAGGCUCUCAAUCGCACCGGACGACCCAUUGUUUACGCAUGCGGGUGGCCGCUAUUCUUCCAUAUAGCUCAUAGGGAACAUGACGUAUUUCUUGUCGUUUUAGUAAGCUUCAUCCGAAAUAACUCGCAAUCACUCGUGGAUUAUGGUGCUGUAGAGAAAGCUUGCAACUCUUGGCGAAUUUUCGAUGAUAUUGAGGGAUCAUGGAAGUCGAUUCUCAAAACUAUCACUUAUGUGGAAAAGUAUCAGGAU